GAGAUAAUUCGAGAACGCACAAGCUAGCGAGCGCGCUAGCCAGUUUUGUUAUCCCGUUAUUAAAUAAUCUCAUAUAAUUUUGGCUACAAUGUCUGGAGGAACAAACCUCGGGAUUCCAGGCACGAGCCAAGCCCCCUCCUUGACAUCCGCAAACCGAAAAAAAGACAGCAGCCCGUCCGCCAGGUUCUGGGAGAGUGUGGAUACUUUAGCCCAGCUGGAGGUGGUGCGGCAGUGGAUCGGGAAACACUACAAAAAGUACGUGCUGCUGGAUGCUCCAUCGUGUCAGACUCUGGCUACAGUCAGCCUACAGCUUCUCCAGUUUCAAGAGGAAGCCUUUGGUAGACAAGCUGCUAGUCCUGUUCUCACCAAACUGCCUGCACAAUGCUUCCUGGACCUGCGGCCAGGUGGCGGACUCUGCCACAUCCUUGGCACUGCCCAUAAGUUCAAGGCUGAGCAAGGAUGGCGGAGGUUUGACUUGCAGAAUCCAUCCAGAACUGAAAGGAAUGUAGAGAUGUUUGGUUCAAUUGAAAGAGCGCUCAUCCAGAACAAUUGCAUGUACCCUCCUGUGGUGUAUCUGGACCCUAUGCUGGAUCAGGAGCUGGCUAGCAGACUUUCAGAUAUUGUCACCAAACACCAGGGUUCACUCACUGAGGACCGAACGCUCGCCAGUCACCACAUCCACCCCUCACCUGCUUCUAAGGAUGAAGAUGAAUGGAUGCGUCCUGUCAUGCGGAAAGACAAACAUGUCUUGGUACACUGGGGCAUGCACCCUGACAGUUAUGACAGUUGGCUGUCUUCCAGUGACGUUGAAGGAGAGGUUGAAGAGCCACCACAUUCAGAGAAGCCUUGGCGGGUCCAUGCCGGCUGGGUUCUGGACACAGACGUUUUCAACGAAUGGAUGACCGAGGAGGACUACUGUGUGGACGAAAGGAAUGUACCUGUCAUUCUCCGCCGGCGGAUUCACCUUAGAGAUGACCAGGAAUCCAAAUCCACCCCAGUCAAGAAGAGAAGACGCUCUCCAUCUCCUCCCCCGACUGAGAGCAGGAAGAAAGGGAAAAAGGGGAGAAGGCGUGGACAACAGGAGGAAGAGCCAGAGGAGGAUUUGACUAAAGACAUGGAGGACCCUACCCCUGUUCCCAACAUGGAGGAGGUUAUUCUGCCCAAAAAUGUCAACCUGAAGAAGGACAGUGAAAAUACUCCUGUCAAAGGAGGCACCAUGGCAGACCUGGAUGAUCAAGAUGAUGACUUCCCCGGAAGGGAAGAAGAAGAAGGGAGAGGGGAGAUACCUCGCCUGUCAGAAGCAGAGGAAAGCAUCCCAGAGCAGACCCAUCAUAUCAUAAUCCCAAGCUACACGUCGUGGUUCAACAACAACAGUGUUCACUCCAUAGAGAAACGUGCAUUGCCUGAGUUCUUCAGCGGAAAGAAUAAGUCCAAGUCUCCAGAGAUCUACCUGGCGUACCGUAACUUCAUGAUCGACACAUACCGCUUAAACCCUCAGGAAUACCUGAGCUCGACGUCUUGCCGGCGCAACCUCACCGGAGACAUCUGCGCUCUCAUGAGGGUUCAUUCAUUUUUGGAGCAGUGGGGUUUGAUAAACUACCAGGUGGAUGCAGAGAGCCGACCCCUCCCCAUGGGACCCCCCCCCACCCCACAUUUCAACGUACUGGCAGACACGCCGACUGGGCUGGCCCCCCUACAACACAAACCUCUGCAGGUUUCAGCCUCGCAACACAUGUUGUAUUUCCAAGAGAAGAGCAGAGAGAAGCCCCCAGACUCCCAGAACUUUGGCCUUCGCUCUGACAUCUACGCCAGAAAACACCCAAAGACUAAAGGAGCAAGUGCAGGAAGGGAAUGGACAGAACAAGAGACGCUCUUGCUAUUAGAGGCCUUAGAGGUCUACAGGGACGACUGGAACAAAGUCUCUGAACAUGUGGGCUCCAGAACACAGGACGAGUGUAUCCUCCACUUCCUUCGUCUGCCGAUAGAAGACCCUUACUUGGAAGACUCUUCGGCCUCCCUCGGCCCGCUGGCAUACCAGCCCGUGCCUUUCAGCCAAUCUGAAAACCCCGUCAUGAGCACCGUGGCCUUCCUUGCGUCUGUGGUGGACCCACGGGUAGCAUCGUCCGCAGCGAAAGCCGCACUGGAGGAAUUUUCAAGAACGCAGGAGGAGUCAGGGGAUAAGAUCUCUGAAACAUCCAACCAGCCUGAAAAAUCAGAAUUGAUGGAUGCAGAAAAAUCAGAGACAAACUCCACAUCCCUUCAGGUCCCUCUAAGAGCAGAUGGGCUCAAGAUAGAACCCAGUGGGGCCAAAGUUGAAGGAGUCAAAAGAGAAAAUGCUGAAAAUAUCCUUACAGAAGAGGGAGAUGGAGGGGGGGAUGACGAGGAAAGCGUUGGGCCGCGGGAGGCAGAUGGGGAUGAGGGGAGGGUGAUGGAGCAGGAUCUGGUGGAGGCCACCGUUGCCACGGCAGCAGCAGCUGCUCUGGCCUCAGCUGCAACUAAGGCCAAGCACUUGGCCGCAGUGGAAGAGAGGAAGAUCAAGUCCCUGGUGGCUCUGCUAGUGGAGACCCAGAUGAAGAAGUUGGAGAUCAAACUGAGGCACUUUGAGGAGCUGGAAACCAUCAUGGACCGCGAGAAAGAGGCUCUGGAGCAGCAGCGGCAGCAGCUUCUGACGGAGAGACAGACGUUCCACACAGAGCAGCUGAAACAGGCAGAGAUGAAGGUUCGCCAGCAGAGGGAGCAGCAGGGGCAGCAGGGGCAGCCGGGACAGCCAGGAUUCACGGUGCAGCACUCAGGCCAAGCCGUGCCAAACAGGAUGAUCCCCGCCGGAGGGAACCCCCAGACAAUGGCCCCUCGACAUCCUGGAGCUCCCAAUGGCAUGUACUCUAUUGCAGAUCCGUCCUCGCAGCCUGAUGGGAUAGCAGCAGCAGCAGCAGCUCAGCCUGGUCCAACAGCAUCAAGCCACAACUGAAUUCACCAGAAAACCACAAACACACACGCAAACACACACAAAUAUGUAACACUGACAAAGGUGUUCAGGAGCAACUGCUAAACAUUUGACAUGUGUAACUGUUCAGUUGUCCUUUUGUUUAUAGACAUACAAGCACAGACACAGUUGACGUGAAUUUCUGUUUAUUGGCUCAGUCUGUUUUAUCUGUGAAAUAUUUGUGCUCUGAUGUCAGAGUUGAGAAAUCUGAAGAUUAAACUCAGCUCAUUAAAGUUUAUCUUAUGUUCUUUUCCAA